AAAAAACAUCAUAACAAAAAUUAAAAAAAAAAUUAAAUUUAAAAAAAAACUGACUCGAAUUCAUGAAAUUUCUUGACUUGAAAAUAAAAUAUCAUCAACUUCAUAUCCUCUAGCUACUGUCAUCAUCUUAUACCCUCAUCAUAGUCAUUACCAUGGGUGCUGUUUGGUCUGAAACUUAUGACAAUGCAACCGUCGCUUUCAUCAUAAUAUGUACUGCACUAGUGUUCAUCAUGGUGCCAGGUUUGGGGUUUUUAUAUUCAGGUUUAGCUAGAAGAAAAUCUGCCCUAUCUUUAAUAUGGGCUGUCCUUAUGGCAUGUUCCGUGGGGAUGGUUCAAUGGUAUUUCUGGGGUUAUUCUCUAGCUUUAUCAACAACUGCAAAUAAUGGUUUCAUUGGUAAUAUGGAUUCUUUUGGAUUUAGAAAUGUUUAUGGGAAAUCAAGUGAUGAUAAAACUUAUCCAGAAUUUGUAUUUGCUGUUUAUCAAAAUAUGUUUUUAUGUGUCACUUUAGCUAUUAUUGCAGGUGCUACUGCUGAAAGAGGUAGAUUAUUACCUCAUAUGGUGUUUCUUUGGUUUUGGGCAACUUUAGUUUAUUGUCCAAUUGUUUGUUGGAUUUGGAGUGGUGAAGGUUGGGCUGCUAAAUGGGGGGUUUUAGAUUAUGCUGGUGGUGGUCCCGUAGAGAUUGGUUCUGGUGUUUCAGGUUUUGUUUAUUCUUGGUUUUUAGGAAGACGUAAAGAAAAAUUAUUGAUAAAUUUUAGACCUCAUAAUGUCUCUUUAAUCACUUUGGGGACUGCCCUUUUAUGGUUUGGUUGGUUAGGUUUUAAUGGUGGUUCUUGUUUAAUCCCUUCAAUGAAGGCAAUGUAUGCUAUAAUGGGUACUAAUUUAACUGCUGCUGUUGCUGCAAUGACUUGGUGUCUUUUAGAUUAUAGAUUGGAGAAAAAAUGGUCAACUGUUGGUAUGUGUUCAGGUUUUAUUUCAGGUUUAGUUGCUGCAACUCCAUCAAGUUCCAUUAUUACUUUAUAUGGUUCUGUUAUCUUGGGAAUUGUUACUGGUGUUGUUUGUAAUUUUUCCACUGGUUUAAAAUAUUUAGUUGGAGUUGAUGAUUCACUUGAUAUUUUAGCUGAACACGGUAUGGCCGGUAUUGUUGGAUUGUUUUUCAAUGCAUUAUUUGGUGCAGAUUGGGUUAUUGGAAUGGAUGGUGUUACUGAUCAUCCUGGUGGAUUUAUUUCUCAUAAUUAUAAACAAAUUUAUAAACAGAUUGCAUACAUUGCCGCAUGUACAGGUUAUUGUUUUGUUGUUACUGCUAUAAUUUGCUUUUUUAUUGAUAAAAUACCUGGAUUACAAUUAAGAGCUUCUGAAGCUGCUGAAGCUGCUGGUAUGGAUGAAGAUCAAAUUGGUGAAUUUGCUUAUGAUUAUGUUGAAGUUAGAAGAGAUUUCUUAAGUUGGGGCAAUGGUGAACAUGAUCAUAAUAUUACAAGAGUUGAUGAUGAUCAUAUUUCAAAUCAUCAACAUAUUGAUGCUCAAAUGGAUCAAGAUACUGCUGAAAGUGAUAAUAAUAAUAAUAAUCAUUUAACAAGUGAAAAAUUAUCACAAAAUGAAAAAUUAUCAGUAUAAGUUUCUCAGUUUAUCAUUAAUUCAUUUUUUCACGAAGUUAUGUUCCUUAUUAUCACAUUGCAUUUAAAAAAUUAAAACCUUGUUUCAACUAAAAUUAGAUGACACUAGAGUUGAUUAGAUUUUUUUGAUUUCUCCUUCUUUUUUUAUUCAAUUAUUCAUUCUAAAUUAUGCCCCAUUUCCUUUUCAGUUCAUUUAUUUCUUUUUUUACAUAUAUAUUUAUUACGUCGUUUAUUAGAUUUUAAUUGAAUUCAAUGUAAUUUGUAGAAGUUGUGUACUAAAAAGUUUAACGUUAUGUCUUUGUAGAUCUAGUCCUGUACC